AUGAGCGUGGAACUCUUACCGCUAAAGCUGAACAGACAUCGGCUGGCCUGCGCGAUCGGCUUCCAGCGGCUGCACCUGCUCCGCUGGCGCGUUCAUCAGCGGUUCGAGCUGGACAACGUCGUGGCCCCUCCCUCGCUUCCCAGUGCGCUCAGAGCGUUCGAGCGAGAUUUUCUCUCUCGAGCGGGUUUUGUGCCUGGGGUUCGAGAUUGGGAGGUGUGAUGACCGAGUUAAGUCCUUCCUUCCCAUUUUCCUCCCCUCCUUUCCUCCCUUCCUUUUCGGAGGUCGACUUUUCUUUCAGAAGCUGACUGUCUUGAAACUUGUUGCGCAGUGGAAGGCUGCGCACCUCUCCCUCUCUCUACUUUGUGCAGUAGCGGUUUUCGUUCUUGGAUGGAUCGGCAAGCCGGGUCGAUCGUCGUUGCGUUGGAGGCUUUGUGAAGUUCUCCCCUCUCUUUCCCCCCCUUUCUCCCUUCUCUUCCUCAUCUCGUUCCUGUUGCUCGGUUGUUGACUACGCUUCAGCCACUUCUUCUUUUAUUCCUAAGCCGUGUGUUGGAUUCCGUCGAAUAGAUCGUUCGUUCGCGUUGGUCAAGAUCUACGGCAUGGAUCGGGAAGAAAGGUCGCUCGUUUUUUUGGUCAAUAUCCUCGCGUCAAGGCGAGGCUCGUUUCGUUGUAUUGGAUCGUUUUCGCUCGGCGACGGCUCAACAGCCAGCACUCGAGACUCAGCCAAGGGAGGACAUCAGGCGCUGUCGGGGUGACGAGUAG